CUAGUUUGUUGUUGUUGUUGAAACAAACAAUCUCAUAUAUGAUAAUGCAAUUGAUCUUUGAUUAGAAAAAAUUCUUUUGUUUUUUUUUGGAAUUUAUUCAUCAGCAAAAAAAACUUUGAUCAGGCUGAUCUGUUGUUUCGAAAAUAAUAUUGUGCCUGAUUCCUAAUUUUUUCACCAUCAUUUUACUCAAUACAUUCCAUCAAAAUCACGAUAUACAAACUAUAGAGUAGCAAAGUCAUCAUCAUCAUCUCGUAAGCACAGUACAAAAUAUAAUCAUCAAAAAUGUCAUUCAAAAAUACACCUCCUUCUGCUGUAUCAACAAAACUAACAUUUCCAUGUACCGAAUGCAAUUUCGAAGCACAAAGCGCUCGUCAACUAUCUCGUCAUAAAGCUGUAACACAUACUCAAAAUGCUCUUAAAUGUGUCUUAUGUCCAUUCGUAACGGCAUAUCAAACCAAUCUUUUACGUCAUCGUAAAGAUGUUCAUGGAAUUUGUGGUUCCAAAGGUAAUAAAAGCUGUAAAUUCUGUGGUUUUGUUUCCGAAGACAAUGAUACAUUGAUUCAACAUCAGAUUGAAUUUCAUCAAGAUAUUCUCAAAACAGCUCAAGCAAAAUUUGCUAAAGAACUAGUCUCGGCUGGUGGUGAAGAAAAUGUUGCCGAUUUUUCUGCAAAUUUCGAAUCAAUGAGCGAAGAUUUUUUAAACAAUAAAAACAAUUCUUCUAACUCGACAAACAUUAUUCAAACUGGUAAUAAAAAACGAACAGCAAAAAAUCUAGAUAAACAUCAACAAAAUAAUUUCAAAUCAUCUACAAAUUCGACAAAAUCGAUGAUUGCUAAUAAUAAUAAUAAUAAUAAUGAUGAUGAUGAUGUAGACGCCAAUGAUGAACAAACAGAGUUUGAAGAAUUUUGGAAAGCAGGUUUUAUUGAUCAACAAUAUGACGAUCAUUCAAAUUAUUAUGGAUCACAUACAGUUCCACUAAUCACAAUGAAUACAGCUGAAAUUGCACAAAACGAAAGUGUACCAGCAUCAUCACGUUCGAGUACACCAAAAUCUCAAUCAUCAUCAAAUGUUAUGAACGUCAAUAAUAUAAGUAACAACAACAGCUUACAUCAUCACAUGAAUAAUAAUAAUAAUAGCAGCAUUGCAGAUUUGCCUGCCACAAGAAUCCGUCGACAAUACAACUGUAAUGAUUGUGGAUUUCGUACUGUCAAUCCUCGUGAAUUUCUAUAUCAUCGUCGUGAUGGCCAUGGAUAUAAAGUCAAAAUUGUUGAAUGUCCAUAUUGUGUUUAUGCUUGUCAAUAUGUUCAGAAAUUACAAAGGCAUUUACUUUUGGUACAUAAACUUACAUCUGUCAUGGAUUCACCAUCUGAACAAGGAGGUGCCAAUGGUGAAUUAGAACAAUUACUUGUCAAACGAAAAUAUCGACGAACAUCUCGCCCAAUCGAAUCAAAUUCAAUCGAACAAAAUGUUAAUCAUUUAGAAACGAUUAAUGAUGAUGCAGCAUCACCACCGAAUGAUGAUUACGAACAAAAUGAUCGAGCUCCUGAUUUUGAACCAAUGAAUAAUUUUGAAAUGAAUCUAAAUGAAUACCAUGAGAUGAUUGAAGAUGCUGAAAUGGAAUCGAAUACUAGCAACAAUGAUUCUGAUGAUAAAAAAUUCAUGUUCAAUUUGGAAUGUUAUAUUUGCAAGAUUAAAUUCGGCGACGCUAUUUCGGCACAGAAACAUUUUCUCAAACAUCACAAACAUUCUAAUUCUAAUUACAAAGGAAUGACAUCUAUUAUGAAAAAUCAUGAACAAAAUACAGAGGAAAGUGCAAAUUGGAAAGGACAACCGACGACUACAAAUCAAAAGAAAAUUUUUGAUAGUAAUGCUAAAAACGUACAUGUAUGCAAUUUUUGUGGAUAUAAAACACGAUGGAUUUCCGAACUUGAACGUCACAUUCGUGUUCAUUCCAAAGAAAAACCUUUCAAAUGUUUAUAUUGCAAUUUUCGUAGCAAAUGGAAAGGCGAUCUUAAUCGUCACAUUCAACGGUAUCAUUCUAACGAAACAAAUCUUCAGGACAUGGAAAGUAGUGAUAAUAGCACUAAUGGUGGUGGUAUUCCAAUCACAUCAAAUAUUAUGUUACCUAAUGAUAAUCAAGAUGAUGCAAUGAAUGAGGAUUCAUAUUUGACUACUGGUGAUUAUGAAAUGUACGAAAUGGAUGAAGAUAACACAGGCUUAAGUCAAGAUGAUCAAGUCAAUACUAACGAUCAAGAUAAUGAACUUUCUGAUGUAGAUAAUUCUGAAAUAGUCAACGGCAAUUCGGCCAAAAUGUAUAAAUGCACAUAUUGCGAUUUUAUGUGUAGUACGGCAUCACGAUUUCAUGUCCAUUAUGUUCAACAUCUAAAUACAAAACCAUUUCAAUGUUCGAUUUGUGGUCAUCGUUCUAAUUGGGAAUGGGAUGUAACUAAACAUAUCAAAAUGAAAGCCCAACGAGAUCCAAUCCAUGAGAAAGCUCAUCCUGUUUUAAUUCAUGAUUCAGGAAAACGUGAUUAUUCAAAAUAUAAUAAAUUUGUUGUUUGGAUUGGCCGAGAUGAGGCAGACAUUGCAAAUGAAGUGAAUAACCGAAUCGAUUUUCGUGCUCGACGAUUCAAGAGUGAAGGCAAUGAAUAUGAAAACGAAGAUAAUGGUUUUGGUGAAGCCGGUGGAAAUUUACUAGUACCUGAAGUUAAUUUCGAAAUCGAUGAUGAAAGCAGUGUUGAAGUUUUCUCUAACACUACUCGAAAAUAUUCCAAAAAAUCUUCAAUUGUUUCUCGACAUCCGAAUUCUAGUUCAAAACUUAUAUCAUGUUCUCAAUGCGAUUUUCGACAUCAUUUUGCUCGUGUUAUGGUAGCUCACAUGUCUAGUCAUAAUCAAACUAAACCAUAUGGUUGCAAUGAAUGUUCGUUUGAAACCAAAUGGAGAGAGAUGAUCUUUGAUCAUUAUUCUAGCAUUCACGAAAAUCUUAAUCCUAACGAUUUCGAGAUACGAUUUCGUUGUGCCAUUGAUGAAAACUCUGUUUGUCGAAUACUUUCUGCCGAUGAGGUUAGUCGUUUCGAGAAGAACAACAUGUCAAACAUUUCCCCUCCAUCACAAUCUACUUCAACAACAACAAGUAUGACAUUGCAAAAUGAUCAUCACAAUUCUAGUCUAAUCGAACCAAAUAUUUAUGAAGAAAAAACUGUGAUUCGAUGCGAACUUUGUCCAUUCAUUACAACCAACAUGAAAAAGAUGUCGAUCCAUUGUCGAUUUCAUAAUCCCUCAAAAGGUUCCCUUAAAUGCAAACAAUGUCCAUAUUAUAUUAAUAAUCCUGAUAAAUUAAAGCGACAUCAAAAAUUACAUCAAAAAACAGAAUCAAUUCCAUUGACUGCACCAUCACCACUAUCGACUUUGCAUCAUUCUACAAAUAUGAUUAAUGAGAAUUCAAAUGAUGUCGACUAUCAACAACAAUCAAAACUUAAAUAUUCUUCAUUGAUUUCCUGUUCCCUGUGUACAUUCCAAACUUCAAAUGUUCAAUCAUUGAAUGAUCAUAUGAAUAAUACUCAUAAUCAUAUACAUUCCUCUCAAACAAAUCUUGUUGCUGACGAUAACAUUGGCGAUAAUGGUGAUUAUGGAUUAAGCGAAAAUAUUUUAGAACAAACACUUGUUGAAAAUGUUUUUAAAAAUGGCUCAUCACCAACUAAUAAUAAUGAAAAUCAAUCAUCAAAUAAUACAAAAAAUUAUGAUAAUGAUGAUGAUGAUGAUGAUAAACAUAAUUUUAUCGCUGUUGAUAGCAUCAAAAAUAAUGGUGAAGCUAAAAUAUUUUCAUAUGUUUGUCCAGAUUGUCCAGCGGCAUUCAAGAGUCCGGGUGAUUAUAAUGUUCAUGCACAUUUUCAUUCAUCUAAUUAUCAACAUGCUUGUCCAUAUUGUACUUACAAAGCACGGAAUAAGCCACAGUUAUGCAAACAUCUUUAUGUACAUACGGCUGAAUAUAUAGCGAAACGAGCAAGUUCAUAUCCAGAAGGUACAAAAUUAAAGGUUGAAAAUCAAAUGAAUGCUAACAAACCGAUUUCAAAUAAUCAAACAUCAUCAAAGAAUAAUUCAACAAAUAUUAUGAACAUGCCUUUAGUAAAAAAAAUUUCAAUAAAAAAAGCUGUACGCAGACAUCGAACAAAAAUGCCAUUUCCGAUGAAACCAGUGAAAGCUCGUCUGAAUAGCGAACAAAAUGGAAAACAAAACAUAAUUUUCAAAAAUAACGAUCUAAUGGCCAGUCAAGAAUUUUUAGAAACGAAAGAAUAUUUACAAAGAAUCAAUUCGGGUAUCAAAAAUCGUUGUAUGUAUCGUUGUUCAAAAUGUCCAGCUGUAUUUACUAAAGUCAAUACUUUGAUCUAUCAUACUUCAUUGCAUGAAGAAAAUUAUAGAUUUUCUUGCGAAUCAUGUAACUAUUCCACCGAAACUGAAGAUAAUCUUAGCAUACAUUCAUUGUUACAUAAUCUGACUGAAUCACAAUCUGCUUUAGGUUAUAAUUUCAAUUACAAUUGUCAUAAAUGUCCAGCAGGCUUUUCGAAACGAUCACGUUUAGAAAAACAUUUAUCAUUACAUGGUGCUCAAUUCAAUUGGAAAUGCGAUAAAUGUGAUUAUUCGGUACGAUAUGCAGCUACAUUAGUCAAACAUCGGGCAAUACAUUUGAUCAAUCCUAAUUUUCAAGCAAUGGAAUAUGGCCAAUUCGAUAAUAUAAUUAAUGAUGAUGAAGAUCGUGAUCAAGAACAACAUUCUUACACUGUUCAUCAAAUAUCGAAUGAUGUUGAUGAUUGUGAAAACUAUGCAAAACCAGAUUUAAAAUUGAAAUUAAAUCUAACCAAACUUCGAGACAAUCUACAUGUUGCUGGUACUAGCUUUCAAAAAGUUCAACAAGAUGAUGAUGAUGGCGGUGAUGAUAAUAGCGUAGCUAAUAUGUCAUCCAUUGGACAAGAUGACGAUGAUGAAGAUUUACCUUAUGGCGAUGAUGAUGUUAUGAAUCCGUCUUUGUUAUUAGAAGAAGGUGAAAUGGAAUAAUUCAAAUCGGGUUAUAUCAAAAAUUAUAUUUUUCUUUCUCCUUUAAUACUCUUUUUAUUGCCAAAAGACAAGUUUUUUACUUUUUUUUUUUUGCAACAAUCAUAUCGCACU